UCCGGGUAGACCAGCGCUGACAGCUGCACACCAUGCAACAUGUUAAGGAAAAUGCUUUAGGACUAAUACUAAAAACGUACAGCUCUUUCCCCUCUAUGGUCCAUAAUCUAAAACCCAAGCAGAAAGUGCCUAGAGUUGGUCCUUAUAAUAAUUCUGUAUAUACUAAUUAAUUGUGAGUACACAGUAGACACAAAUACUCUUCCCUUACCUAGGGAUAGAUGAUGUUCAUCACAUCAUCCGCGUACAUGGCGGCUGGUUCGGUUCCUCAUCCUCAAGACGCACUGAUUGUGGUGGACAAGAGGGGACUUCUAUAUUAUACGAUCAGCGACGGAAUGAGAGGAAUGUUAGUGACAGUCAGAGACUUUUAAUUCAGGGAAUUAAGGGAAACCAGGCGCUGAAUAAACGAAUUAAAAAUCUUUAAUUGUCAAGAAAUGAAGUGGAUUUAUGUCGCAUUGGCCGAUGCAUAAAGUGACUUGUUGAGGACAGGUAUAACUUCUGAAGGUAGAAGACCAGACGUUUUGUUCUGCUGCUUUGAGGAACACGAGACCGGAAGGAGCUACGCGAUGUGAUGCUAAUGCUAAUGUUGUGAUGCUAAUGUUAGCUCGGUGCGUGUAGCCAGCUAGUGCUGCUGAUAAACACUGCUUUACAUGGCUUACAUUAAGGGUGCAAUCAUCCGGAAAUAGUAUUUCGUGUCCAGCUCUCGCGAGAUUACGCCAUGAGCAGGUCCAGUCUGUUCGCGUGUGAGGACCCGGACCGGUGGAGGAGGGUCUACGACCAAUACUGGGACGUGGUGGAGGCCAAGUCCGCAGUGAAAGGAAAAAAGUCUGGAAAACUUCAACCCCUUGAAAAGUGGUAUCAGGAGCAGCUGCCCGCACUCAUCUCCAGCCGGUCUGAGAGAUACGUGACCCAUCCAGAGCUGGUGAAGCUCAUGGAAUGGAAGCUGACUAGGGGGUCCUUCCGGCCGCGGCUGCAGCAGCUGCUGGCGUCCAACGCGGCGGCGGCGGUGGAGCUCUGCUCCCGAACGGCCUUCUCCCUCCUCCCCGACGUCCGCGCCGCCAUCGCAGAGCUCAGUGCCCUGAAGGCCGUCGGCCCGGCAACCGCCUCCGCGGUGCUGGCGGCCGGGUGCCCGGAGCACGCCGCCUUCAUGUCCGACGAGGGGGUGGGGAGCGUGCCCGGACUCACCCCCAUCCAGUACACCGCCCGGCACUACCACCGCUACCUGGACCGCCUGCUGGAGCGCACCGCCCAGCUCAACCAGGCGGACCCCGAGCGAGACUGGACCCCCCAUCGGGCGGAGCGCUGCCUGUGGGCGUGGGCGGUGGCCGGGCGGCUGCAGCUCCCCCUGCUGGAGGAACAGGGGGGAGGCGGGGAGAGGCGGAGCCUGGAGGCCGACGAGAGACCAACGAAGAAGAGGAGGACCGACUAAAGGCCCCUUCAUCAUCCUGGGUUUAUCCAUACGGGUUUAUGUUUCACCUUUGACCUUUGAAUGCCAGAGAUCUCAUUUCAUUUGACUUAAUAAAUUGUGAAUUGUUUAUAUUGAAGAAAAACCCGGAAUGAAUUAACCGUUCUUUAGUCGCCACACGUUGGUGAGCCUAAGGGGGCUCCAGCCCAACAGGGGUUCACACGAUGCUACCUGGCCCCCCAGG